AUGUAGUGUCAUCAGUCAGCCUCGAAACGAGGGACAAACGUUUUCAUAACGCUCUUCCUGAUAGGAAUAAUAUCAUCUUACGCUAUAAUUAUUUUUUUUUGUAUUAUAAAUUUAUCAAAAAAUAGUCAUGGCUUACAUUGGUAAUAAAUGGGCUAAGAAGCGGGAGUGUAUAUCGAUACAUAUAGGACAAGCGGGCGUUCAAAUGGGCAACGCCUGCUGGGAACUCUACUGCCUUGAACAUGGAAUUCAUCCUGACGGCCAGAUGCCCAGUGAUAAAACGAUCGAUAAGGAAGACGAUUCUUUCAAUACAUUUUUUUCCGAAAGUGAUAGUGGUAAACACGUACCACGAGCUGUUUUUAUUGAUCUCGAACCCACAGUUGUAGAUGAAGUAAGGACUGGUACAUACCGUCAAUUAUUCCAUCCCGAACAAUUAAUAACAGGAAAAGAGGAUGCUGCGAAUAACUACGCUCGAGGGCAUUACACAAUAGGAAAAGAAAUAAUCGACUUGACAAUAGACCGAAUUCGGAGAAUAACAGAACAAUGCCGAGGUCUCCAAGGAUUUCUUAUUUUUCAUUCAUUCGGUGGUGGAACAGGUUCAGGCUUCUCAAGUUUACUUAUGGAACAAUUGUCCGUUGAGUAUCCUAAGCGAAGUAAAUUGUCUUUCAGCAUCUAUCCAGCACCUCAAGUCUCUACGGCGGUGGUUGAGCCAUACAAUGCUAUACUUUACACACACCCUACCCUUGAACACUGUGAGGUCGCUUUUAUUGUCGAUAACCAGGCGAUAUACGAAUUGUGCAGACGUAAUUUGAGUAUCGAUAGACCGACUUACACAAAUUUGAAUAGAUUAAUUGGUCAAAUAGUUUCUUCAAUUACAGCAAGUCUUCGAUUCGAUGGAGCUUUGAACGUUGAUCUUACAGAAUUCCAAACUAACUUAGUUCCUUACCCGCGUAUACAUUUUCCACUCGCCACGUAUGCUCCGGUUUUAUCAGGAGACAAAGCUGGACAUGAACGAUCGACGGUUGCCGACAUUACGACUUCAUGUUUUGAACCAAACCACCAAAUGGUUAAUUGUGAUCCUAGAAAAGGAAAAUACAUGGCUGUUUGCAUGCUCUAUCGCGGAGACGUUGUUCCCAAAGAUGUAAAUGCAGCGAUUGCUAUGAUUAAACGGCAAAAGCAUGUUCAGUUUGUGGAAUGGUCUCCUACGGGCUUCAAAGUAGGAAUAAAUUAUCAACCACCUACAGUAGUGCCAGGAGGUGAUUUAGCAAAAACGGAAAGGGCAGUGUGUUGUCUUUGUAAUACAACUGCGAUUGUCGAGGCUUGGGCUAGAAUUGAUCAUAAAUUUGAUUUGAUGUACUCUAAAAGAGCUUUUGUUCAUUGGUUCGUUGGUGAAGGGAUGGAAGAAGGUGAAUUCGCUGAAGCAAGAGAAGAUUUAGCUGCUCUUGAACUUGACUAUCGUGAAGUUCAAGAGGACGCCGUUAAUACUGAAGAAGAUGAAGAAUAUUGAACUUUUUACGAAGAUUUCACUGAACUACACACAACAGUCAAGAGCAUUUUUAAAAUUUGAAAAAUUGCUAAACUAUUUAUGAAUUCUUAGAAUAUUUAUGCUUAUUAAUGUAUUUUGCAAUAGUUGGUUCUCAUUUGUAUGAAUUUUUAACCAAAAAACAUUAAGAUCCUCCAUUUAAAUUUAAUUUUUUUAACUCUAAAAAUACUUUGGAUGUAUAAACAAUAAUUGAGUGAAAAUAAUUGUUUUAAUUAAUCUGUUCUGCACUUGGAAUGGUUACGUGCAUUAAGUAUAUACUAAGAAUUUUUAUAAUUACUACUUAUAAGUCAGAAUUUAUUUGAAU